UCUGUCUUAUCAGUUCACUUCAAAAGUACUAAGCAGAAUAUUAUUACAGAGCAAAAAUAUUAAACUUCAUUAUCAUCAAUCAAAAUGAGCGGACAAAUUACUAUUUCAUUCUUCCUCUGUUUGGGUUUUGUUGUUGCAUUAGCUUUGGCUUAUCCAACAGAAGAAUUUUCAAACUUUGACGAUAAUCUAAAUCAAGAAUUUGAAGACACUACGAGACAAACUUUGAAUUUACACAGAGCAAGACGUCAAUUCAAUAUGGAUGGUACUACUAUUGCUGGUUCAAGAGGUCAGGGAUUUGAUAUAAAUGCAAAUACUCGUUUUCCAAUUUGGAGCAGUUCAAAUGGAAGGAAUUCGUUCGAUGGAACAGCUGGAUAUUCACAACAUGUUGGUGGUCCAUAUGGAAAUAGUCGUCCUGAUUAUCGAGGUGGUGUUAUUUUCACACAUCGCUUUUAAGGAUGUAAAUAGCUUAGUUUUAAGAGCCGAUAAAUUAUUUAUGAGAUAUGUAUGUACAUGUUUUUAAUAAAAAGUAAAGUUUUAAUAAUUCAGUAGAUUUUUACUUUCCAUUGAAAAAUUUAUUGAAAAUUUUCCUAUUGUUAUGUAUGUUCUCGACUAACUUGACUUGAAGUUAUUUUAAAGUAUUAAUUACCAAUAUUCUAUCCA